AUGAAAGCACAGGCAGUCAUGGCCAUGGCCGCCGCGGGCCUGGCAUCUUCUGCCGCGCCGCCCAACACCAUCCUCCCAACACCUCCCAUGGGCUUCAACAACUGGGCACGCUUCAUGACCAACAUCAACGAGACCAUCUUCAUCGACGCAGCCGUGGCCAUGACCAACAAUGGACUUCGCGCUGCCGGAUACGAUCGUCUCAACCUGGAUGACGCCUGGUCUCUUCGCCAGCGAGACUCCAACGGCUCCAUGGUUGCGGACCCGGCCAAGUUCCCCUCGGGCCUCCCGUGGCUCACAGGCUGGAUGAGGUCCCAGGGCUUCAAGCCCGGCAUCUACACCGACGCCGGCAGCCUGUCCUGCGGCGGAUACCCCGGCGCUCUGGACCACGAGAAACGGGACCUGAAGGACUUUUUGCGCUGGGGCUUCGGCUACCUCAAGAUGGACGGAUGCAACCUGCCCGACGACACCGAGGAGACGUACCACGAGAUAUACAGCCGUUGGCCCAUGCUGCUGUCCUAUCCAAAAGAAAACGCCAUGGUCUUCUCCGACUCGGCGCCCGCCUACUUCUCCAACCAGAAGAACCUGACUGACUGGUACAGGGCCAUGGGAUGGGCUGCCGACUACGGCCAACUCGCCCGCCACUCGGCCGACAUCGUGACGUAUCCCAACGGCAACGGCUGGAAGAGCAUCAUGUUCAACUACGGCCAGAACCUGCGCCUCGCCCGCUUCCAGCGGCCCGGCUUCUUCAACGACCCGGACCUUCUCAUCCCGGACCACCCCUCGCUGACCAUGGAGGAGAAGAAGUCGCAGUUCGCCCUGUGGUGCAGCAUGUCCUCGCCGCUCCUCCUCAGCGCCGACAUCCCCAACCUGCCCCAGGACACCAUCGACUUCCUCACCAACCCGGCCCUCAUCGCCGUCGACCAGGACAGGCUCGCCCAGCAGGCCACCCUCGUCAGUCGCAACGCCACCUGGGACGUCCUCACCAGGAGCCUCGCCAACGGCGACCGCCUUCUAACCGUCCUCAACCGCGGCGACUCCUCCGCCAGCAUCGACAUCCCCUGGCAACGCACCGGCAUCGACCACAGGUACAUUGGCGAAGGCAACAUCACUGUUCAGGAUCUGUGGACAGGCCAAGCCACCCUGCUCCCCGCCUCUGGAGCCCAACUUGCCAUCAACAACGUUCCGGCCCACGGCACCGCCGUCUACCGCCUCAAGAGCGUCGGCCCAAUCACACCCACCGGCGCCAUCUUCAACACAAACAGCUUCAAGUGCCUGACCGACAGCUCGUCCGGAAAUGUGACGUGGGCUGCGUGCCAGGGCACCGACGCCCAGGUCUGGACCUACGACAAGGACACCGCCCACGUCCGCAGCCUGCUGCGCCGCCGAGAAUGCCUCGUCGCCGUCGACGGCACGGUUGUGACCAAGCGCGGCUGUGAGAGACACCAGACCAGCCCCUGGACUUACAAGUCUUCCGGGAACCUCGUCGACAACAAAUCCGGCAACUGUCUGACCGAGGAUAUAGAUGGUACCGUCAUUGCCGAGGGCUGCGGGUACCUCCUCAAUCAGCAGGUCCUUGGUCUCCCCGCUGGAGUCCCGAUUGCCAUGUUCUAG